CUCAGAUGGUCAAGAAAAGAUUUUCUCUUAACUUUCACUCAACGAUUUAUUCCAAAUUAACGCUUCCACUGAGAACUGCCUACAUCCUGACAACAACUAAAGACUCCCAGAGACUGACACAACAAACUUCCAUCAUGGAAAAUGUUAAUGUGCCAAACCACCUGCGAGACCAUGACUACUGCAGAGAAAGGAGAACUUCUGCACGCCAGGCAGAGAGUGUAAGGACGCUUGCAGCACAGUGUCCAUGCUGCAGUGACGACCAGGUGCCGAAUGUAAAGAGAAAGCGCCAGCACUCUACUACUGCUGCAGAACUUCCCCGGAAGAGGAAGCGGACCUCUAUGGCUCAUCCUUCCAAAGCUUCUGCUGUGAAUCCAGCUGCUGGAGAGCCAAAGGUGUUGGACUGGGAUGCCACUCCUCAGCCUUCCACCUCAGCUGCUGACAUUCCAGAGUUAUUGAAUUUGGUCCCAAAGCCUCGGACCACCACCCCACCUGCUGACCUUCCUGCUCCACUGCACCAUGACAGCCCUCUGAAAAUACACAACCGUUCAGUAGAAGAGUACCAGCAGAUCUACCAUGAAGUUGUAGAUGAUAUGCUGAAGUACAAGAGCAGCAGUCUGCAUCCGUACAGUUUAGCGCUCGGACGUCGCAUCAAGCAGAAGCUGUGGGAAAAGCUGGAUCGUCCCACGUUCACAGAAUCACUGGAUGGAGACGGCCUGGUGCAUGUGGACGUCUCAUACGGGGUCGGGGUCUAUCCUCCACUUUAUGAUGUGGAUAUCACGGGAGAACCUAAUCCCUAAACACUCCCAAAGAAAAGAGCGUAGAACUAAAAUGAAAUAUUAUCAUUUUAGUUCAAUGAGAUAACAUUUGUAAAUAAUAUUGUAGAUAAACUUUAAGUAUUGUAGUUUUAUGUUUAAGUAUUGUAGUUGUAAGUUUUAGUAUUGUAGUUUUAACUUUAAGUAUUGUAGUUUUAAGUUUAAGUGUUGUAGUUUU